AUGGAUUCCAAGAUUACCAAUCAAAUAAACGAGAAACAGAGAGAGCAGUUCGAGUUAAAGCGGCUUAAUCAGACGCUAAGAGAGGAAUUGAAUUCAUUAACCGCCGAGCGUUUCAGUGCUAAUAAUCUUCAGUCUCCCCAACAGAUUUAUAAGUCUCAUAUUAAGCGUUUGAAAGAGUAUAACGAGUUAAGGGAUACGGGACUCAGACUUGUUCAAAUGAUUGCAGACGAGAAAUCUUGCACUUUAAAAGAUGUAUUUGAUGAAAUGGGACAAGAAAUGGGCGACUAG